CAGCGCGCUCCCUACCGGCGACCUCGGUGCAGGGCACCCACGGCGAGGAUUCCCCGUCCCGGCCUCCCUCUCCAAGCCCUUCAUCCCCGUCGGCUGCUCGCUGCCGCCCUGCGCUUCACCUCCGUCUCCUGCCAGCCGUCCAGCUGGUGCUUUCUCGCCGCCCCUGACCGGUCUGGCCCGUUCGUGCACGGUCUGGCCGAACUGGAAGCUGCCUCCCUUGCCUGGGCCCACCCCCUGUCAGCUGAGCCCGAGCCCCGCGGCCUUCCGGCGAGUCGCCGCUCAGAGCAUGCGCAGUGGGCCUCCUGCGACCCUUCUGGCCUGGGCAUGCGCAGGGGCCUCCCCGCCUUCUGGUCUGGGCAUGCGCGGCGGCGCGAGGCCCUCUGGGACCGGAAGUGCGAGCGAGCGCGAAGCCCCGGGUCUGACAGGAGCCGCGCGCCGCGUCGGUGCCCGUACUGGUGGCGGGAGAGGGGUCGUGGGCCCGCGCCGCCCAGCCAUGGGCCUCCUGUCGGACCCGGUGCGCCGGCGCGCGCUCGCCCGCCUCGUGCUGCGCCUGAACGCGCCGCUGUGCGUGCUGAGCUACGUGGCCGGCAUCGCCUGGUUCCUGGCGCUGGCUUUCCCGCCGCUGACCCAGCGCACGUACAUGUCCGAGAACGCCAUGGGCUCCACCAUGGUGGAGGAGCAGUUCGCGGGGGGGGACCGCGCCCGGAACUUCGCGCGCGACUUCGCCGCCCACCGCAGGAAGUCGGGGGCCCUGCCGGUGGCCUGGCUGGAGCGGACCAUGCGCUGGUGUCCGGUACCAACGUGUAUGGCAUCCUGCGAGGGCCCCGAGCCGCCAGCACCGAGUCCCUGGUGCUCACCGUGCCCUGUAGCUCCGACUCCACCAACAGCCAGGCUGUGGGGCUGCUGCUGGCACUUGCUGCCCACUUCCGUGGGCAGAUUUACUGGGCAAAAGAUAUCAUCUUCCUGGUGACCGACCAUGACCUUCUGGGCACGGAGGCCUGGCUCGAAGCCUACCACGACGUCAAUGUCACUGGCAUCCAGUCGUCGCCCCUGCAGGGCCGGGCGGGGGCCAUCCAGGCGGCCGUGGCCCUGGAGCUGAGCAGCGACGUCAUCACGAGCCUGGACGUGACCGUGGAGGGACUCAACGGGCAGCUGCCGAACCUUGACCUGCUCAACCUCUUCCAGACCUUCUGCCAGAAAGGGGGGCUGCUGUGCACGCUGCAGGGCAAGCUGCAGCCCCAGGACUGGACAUCGCUGGAUGGGCCACUGCAGAGCCUGCAGACGCUGCUGCUCAUGGUCCUGCGGCAGGCCUCCGGCCGCCCCCACGGCCCCCACGGCCUCUUCCUGCGCUACCGCGUGGAGGCCCUCACGCUGCGGGGCAUCAACAGCUUUCGCCAGUACAAGUACGACCUGGUAGCGGUGGGCAAGGCUCUGGAGGGCAUGUUCCGAAAGCUCAACCACCUCCUGGAGCGGCUGCACCAGUCCUUCUUCUUCUACCUGCUGCCGGCGCUCUCGCGCUUCGUCUCCAUCGGCCUCUACAUGCCGGCCGCCGGCUUCCUGCUCCUGGUCCUCGGGCUCAAGGCCCUGGAGCUGUGGAUGCGGUUGCACGAGGCCGGAGCGGGCCCCGACGAGGCUCGGGGCGUGCCUGGGCCCAGCCUUGCCGCUCCCCCAGUGCAGGGUGUGGGGCUGACCUCGCUCGUGGCACCUCUGCUGAUCUCCCAGGCCAUGGGGCUGGCCCUCUACGUCCUGCCGGUGCUGGGCCAGCACGUGGCUGCCCAGCACUUCCCAGUGGCCGAGGCCGAGGCUGUGGUGCUGACGCUGCUGGCGAUUUACGCCGCUGGCCUGGCCCUUCCACACAACACUCACCGGGUGGUGAGCACGCAGGCCCCAGACCGGGGCUGGAUGGCGCUGAAGCUGGUGGCUCUGGUCUACCUGGCCCUGCAGCUGGGCUGCAUCGCGCUCACCAACUUCUCCCUGGGCUUCCUGCUGGCCGCCACCAUGGUGCCUGCUGCCGCUCUCGCCGAGCCCCACGGGCCCCGGCCGCUCUACGCCGCCCUGCUGGUGCUGACGAGCCCGGCAGCCACUCUGCUGGGCAGCCUGUUCCUGUGGCGGGAGCUGCAGGAGGUGCCGCUGUCGCUGGCUGAGGGCUGGCAGCUCUUCCUGGCGGCGCUGGCCCAGGGCGUGCUGGAGCACUACAGCUACGGCGCCCUGCUCUUCCCGCUGCUGGCGCUGGGCCUCUACCCCUGCUGGCUGCUCUUCUGGAACGUGCUCUUCUGGAAGUGAGGUCAGCCUGUCGGGCGCAGAGAGCAGGGCCCUCCACGGCCACCCCUCUACCUCCUGGAAUAAACAAACGUGCUUUCGGCUGCU